GGAACACCGAUAGAGCGGGAGGAAGAAAUCAGCAGCCGUAAGAAGAAAGCUGUGGCUGAGUCCUCUGGUCACCUCCGAAACCUCCCUGUUUGGAAGCAAGAGGUUACAGAUGAAGAAGAGCGACGAAGAUUUCAUGGAGCAUUUACAGAAAGGUUUUUUGCUGGUUAUUACAAUACUGUGGGGUCCGAAAAGGGUUUAAUUUUAAUUUAUAUUUAGAAGAACUAAAAUUUUUAAAUUAAGACUUGAGUGCAGAAUAAUGUUAACACUGCAAAACAAAUGUGCAGGGUGGGCUCCACAGACAUCUGUAUCAUACCAAUAGAAUAGAGCUAAAGUCAAGCAGCAGAGCAUUUUGAAUUUUUUAGAUGAAGACGAAAAGGCUGUAUGUUUUUAUUGUCUUAGCCGAGAUGCUGGUUUGCUAAGAGAUUUUUUUCACUUAGCAACUGUCAACUUCGUGGAUUUGUUGUUGGAGGUUCUAUAUGUUGGAAAUGUGAUGCAUGUUUGGACAUUGUUGAUACAUGAACCAUUUUACAAGAUAUAUGUCUCUGGUAUGAAUAUCAAUGAGGGAAGUGGGCUAAAAAUGGCAUGGAAAUUAAUAGACUUUGUGAAAUUUUUUAUAUUUUGUAUUGCAAUCGUUCAUUGUGAUAUUCAUGACCCAAGGUUAUGACAAAUUCUCAAUUCUUUGGGGGUUUUGAAGAUUGUCCCCCUUGCACUUUGUUUGGGAGUUUGGAGGUUGCACUUUUUUUGGGAGUUUGGAAGGGAGAGGAUAAAGUGGGAUAGAGAGGAGAAAAUAGAGAAUUUUGAUUCCUUUUUUAGAAUGUUUUAAUAAUAAUGGGAGGGGUGAGUGGACGAUUCAGUGGGAAUCUCUCUCAUCUUGCUUGUUUGUAGAGUAGAAGGAGGGCAAAGGACAAGUACGAUGUAAAUUGAGAAUGGGGAGAAAUUUGUGAUCAAUGUUUGUAAUUGUUGAAGUUUGAUAAAAUUUUAAGGGGCUUUAUGUGGUUUGUCUUGGAAGCAUCAGUACACAUAGGGUACGUAUAGACAUGAUACAAAUAUGAUGAUAUGUUGAAGGGAGGGAGGGAAUGGACAUGUAUCUGAUACAGAGUAUGGCAGAGAGAGCUUCCUAGGAAUGCAGAUUCUUUAAAAAAAAAAAAAAAAAAACAUUAAAGAUGCUGAGUGUAAAUUGAGUAACUAAAUGGAUAUAAGUACUCCUAUACUUUGGGUUCGUCGUCAUCAACAUUUUUCAAUAGGAAAAUUAUUUGAAGAAGAUUUGCCAUUUACCUGUGAGUCACUUCUGUUUCAUUUUUUCCAGCCAAUUUCUUUUGUGACAAGGAAGCUACACUUGCAUGGAAGUAUAUGACUUUUAGUGAUUUUUUAGUACUAUAUGAAUGCCAUAGAUACAGAUGACAUAGCUUAGGAAAUGUAAAGAGACUACAUGUAUUUCUUCACAAAAAAAUUAUAAACUACCAGUGAAAGCAUUCUAUUUAUAGUUUGAAGGAUUAUACUGUAUUACUAAAAACAAGGGUAAGGGAUUAUGCUAGUAGCUAAACAUUAGGGGUGGGUGGCGGGGCACUGCCCCCCACUCCCAUGCGUCCACCGCCCUGGCCUUGCGUGGGUGGCGCAAGCAAUCCUGCAUGGGCUGGGGGCCCCUGCCCAAAGGGAAAACACCUAGCAGUGCCUCGAAGGGGUUUUUUUUUAGGCCCAAGGUGCGGCCCAGCCCCCUCCGCACCCCAGGCCUAGGCUUAAGCCCAACCCAAAAAUUUAUAAUUUUUUAUUUAUUUAUAAAUAAACAAGUUUUAUUGAUCAAAGAAUGGCAAGGUCAAUAAAACCCUGAGGGGUAGAUUAGUUGGUCAAGCCUUGGGUUUGCUUCCCAAUUGUCACCAGUUCGAGUCCCUUCAUGGUUAGUUAAGGUUUAUCUGGCUGUUAAUUUCAGGGCUCCUGAAAAAAACUUAUUAAAAAAAAGAAUGGCAAGGCCAAUAACAAACUAUGAUACCCUAACUAAGUAGGCACAUUAGAGGCAAGAAAAUCAUGAAGGACCAUGCAAUUAAAAUCCACAGCAAUGGCCCAAUUACAAAGAGUUAUAAAAAAUAAAACUUUAAGCUCCUCCAACGAUCUUUCCUAGUAGGCACAUUCAAAUGUUUGCUCAUUGCGCUCUUUCCACAAGCACCACAUAAUACAUAGAUGGAUCAUCUUCCAAAUCGCUUUGAUCGGUUGCCUACCUCUUACGUUUGUCUAGCUAGCCAAAGAUGCCUCCACAAUCUUCGGCAUAACCUAGGCCAAAUCCACUCGAAUGAAUACCUCAUUCCAAAGAAACAUUGCUGUAUCACAAUGCAAGAGGAGGUGGUCUACCGACUCUCUCCCUCCUUUGAACAUGCAACACCACUUUGUAUACAUAUAUAUAUAUAUACAAAUAAAUUCGUUACCAAAAUGACGUCAUUUUGGUAAUAAAUUGUUUUUAAGGGAAAUGACGAAAUAACGUCUUUUUUUUUGGGCCCCCCCCGGGCGUAGUCUCUCUUUGCGGUGCUACCUCUCAAACCCUCUCUCCCUCUCGCAGUUGUAGCGGCAACACGGCCUGCAUCCUCUUCUUCUUCUCCUCCUCCUCCUCGGCUUCUCCCUCCUCUUCUUCUCAAACCCUCUCUCCCUCUCACAGUCGUCGUGGGCCUGUGGGUUUUUUUUUUUAAUUGUUUCUGAUUUGUUGUGUAUUAUGUUGUGGAUUAAUAUAUUUGUUGUGGAUUUUCUCUUUUCUUUGCCUUUUAUUUUAUUUUUCCCGAUUGUGACAGGCGUGGGUGGUCGGUGGAAGAAGGGGGGGUGGAUGGACAAGGGGUCUAGCCCUGCACCCCGGCAUACCGACUUGGGGCCCUGCCCUUGGAAUGCGGUGGCGGAUUCCCGGGGGCAAACCCCCCCAAAUGUGGGAAGGGGUGCGGGAAAGGUGCAAACCCUGCCUUGGGGUUUGCUUUAAUAUGAACAUGAAUUGGACGGUCAAUCAUUUGGGACAUCUAUGCAGUUUGAUACAUUUGGAUUUACAGCUGCAGAACUUGCUUGUAAACAAGCUGAAAAGGCCAUCAGCUAUUCCUGGGCCUGUUUCUGAUGAAAUAAUUCUUCCAGUCACAGAGUCUAUUGGUGUAAAAUUGUUGCUGAAGAUGGGAUGGCGACAUGGUCACUCAAUUAAGGAUUCCAAUGCGAACUCACAAUAUGAUGCUCGGAGAGAAGCUUGUAAAGCUUUCUUGGCCUUUUCUUCUGAUGAUUCAAAAGCACAGAAUCUGAGCCUGUCAAGGGCAACAUUGAAAGUUCUACAAAACGGCCUGCUAAUGAUGAUGUUCUGUCAUACAAAAGCACACCUCAGGAUGGCUAGGCUUAGGGGACUACGGAUUUUGGGUCCAAUUACCAGCCCAUUACCGCUACUACAGAUGGUGGGCAGGCGCACCCAAGCUCAUACUCAUCCCAUGACACUAACGAGCUCUCCCACCUUUGCCGCCUGACGCAUCCACUUUUUAUGGGGUUGGAGUGAUGGGCUCCAAUAUGGGUCAAGAAGUUUGGAGUGACACCAACUGUUUUGAGCUCACUAAACAAACGAACAAUGGACUAGACUCAGCUGUUAGUGGGCUGUAUAUGGAUUUGUGCUCCAAUGAGUUUGUGUAGCACAACCCACUGUUCGGGAGGAUGCCACCGUUUCUAGACUCAAGCAGCGAUGCAUUUGGUUUGCGUUCUUCAUCUCCUUACUACUAUUAAAUAAAUCCCCCUAUCCUGACUUUUCAAAGCGUCUGUUCAACAUUGAGGUAUGUUUUCCUUGUUUGGUUGUUUGUUUUCACUUGGGGGGCGAAUAUAGGCAGACGCUGAAUAGUGUAUUGUAUUGUUUUUGUUAAGCUUAUGCAAGGUUUUAAUCUUUUUGGAUUAUAGAUGAGCAGUGGUCUGAUUGCUAGAGUAUGUAAAGCAAUCCUGUAAUAUCUUGCUGAGUCACUUAUAACUAGAUUCUCUUUUUCAAUUAAUUAUCUUUAAGGAACUUCA